UGUGGCGCCGGCAGUUGGGCGGCAGCGGCCUAGAGGGAUUGGUGGGAACUGCUCGGACCUCUGUCGUUGCGGCUGUAGUCGGCGGCGACAGACCGACGGGAGUUUCUGGACUGGCAUCUAAAGAACCUGGAGGUCACCACUCCUGUUCCCCCAAGAAGAAAAAGUUGAAGAAAUUGGAAAUCAACAGCUUUUCUUAUAUCCAUUAGAUAAUUAAGGUCACUGCUGCCUCUAAACAUAGGCACAUAGAGAGAAUCACAAAUGAUCAGUGCAGAUGCCCAGGGUGUAAGUCUCUGAGGGAACUCAGUAUUGACUUGCUUUAACCAGUAUUUCAUGUCCGACUUUCAAAACAACAUUACAAGGCAUACUAAAAGACUAAAAACACAGUUUGAAGAAAUACAGCAAGCAUUAGAACCACACCCAAAUAUGGCAGGGGUGGGAGAAUUAGCAAUCUAGAAAUUUCAAACCACUACGAUUAUAUGCUAAGGGCUCUAAUGGAAAAAGUAGAUCAUAUAUAACAGCAGAUUACUUCUGUAACUGGGUCACCAAUUAGUUAUACAAAGCAUAAUGUCUCGAUCUCGACAGCCCCCUCUGGUGACAGGCAUCUCUCCAAAUGAAGGAAUACCAUGGACAAAGGUCACCAUCAGAGGAGAAAACCUGGGGACUGGCCCCACUGACCUUAUAGGAUUGACAAUUUGUGGACAUAAUUGCCUUUUGACAGCGGAAUGGAUGUCUGCAAGUAAAAUAGUAUGUCGAGUGGGACAAGCCAAAAAUGACAAAGGGGACAUUAUUGUCACAACCAAGACAGGUGGCAAAGGAACCUCAACAGUCUCUUUCAAGCUAUUAAAACCUGAAAAAAUAGGCAUUUUGGAUCAGUCUGCUGUGUGGGUUGAUGAAAUGAAUUAUUAUGAUAUGCGCACCGACAGGAAUAAAGGAAUUCCUCCCUUGUCCCUCCGUCCUGCAAAUCCUCUUGGCAUUGAAAUUGAAAAAAGUAAAUUUCCUCAGAAGGAAUUAGAAAUGCUGUUCCAUGGAAUGAGUGCUGAUUUUACAAGUGAGAAUUUUUCAGCUGCAUGGUAUCUUAUAGAGAACCAUUCAACCACCAGCUUUGAACAGCUCAAAACAGCAGUCACCACCCUCAAAAGACAGGCCAACAAGAAGAGUGAGGGCAGUCUGGCAUAUGUGAAAGGAGGUCUCAGUACAUUCUUUGAAGCACAGGAUGCCCUCUCAGCCAUCCAUCAAAAAUUAGAGGCUGAUGGAACGGAAAAAGUAGAAGGAUCCAUGACGCAGAAACUGGAGAAUGUUCUGAACAGAGCAAGUAAUACUGCGGAUACAUUAUUUCAAGAAGUGUUAGGUCGUAAGGACAAGGCAGAUUCCACUAGAAAUGCACUCAAUGUACUUCAACGAUUUAAGUUUCUCUUCAAUCUUCCUCUGAAUAUUGAAAGGAAUAUUCAAAAGGGAGACUAUGAUGUGGUUAUUAAUGAUUAUGAAAAGGCCAAGUCACUCUUUGGGAAAACGGAGGUGCAAGUUUUCAAGAAAUAUUAUGCUGAAGUAGAAACACGAAUAGAAGCUUUACGAGAAUUACUUCUGGAUAAAUUGCUUGAGACACCAUCAACUUUACAUGAUCAGAAACGCUAUAUAAGGUAUCUCUCUGACCUUCAUGCAUCUGGAGACCCUGCCUGGCAAUGCAUUGGAGCCCAGCACAAGUGGAUCAUUCAGCUCAUGCACAACUGCAAAGAAGGCUAUGUGAAAGACCUGAAAGGUAACCCUGGCCUGCACAGUCCCAUGUUGGAUCUGGAUAAUGACAUUCGACCCUCUGUGUUGGGCCACCUCAGUCAGACAGCAUCACUGAAGAGGGGCAGCAGCUUUCAGUCUGGUCGAGAUGACACAUGGAGAUACAAAACUCCCUACAGAGUGGCAUUUGUUGAAAAAUUAACUAAGCUUGUUUUAAGUCAGCUGCCUAACUUCUGGAAACUCUGGAUUUCCUAUGUUAAUGGAAGCCUUUUCAGUGAGACUGCUGAGAAGUCAGGUCAAAUUGAAAGAUCAAAGAAUGUAAGGCAAAGACAAAAUGAUUUCAAGAAAAUGAUUCAGGAAGUAAUGCAUUCUCUCGUGAAGCUGAUCCGUGGAGCUUUGCUCCCACUCAGCAUCCGAGAGGGAGAAAUGAGGCAGUAUGGAGGCUGGGAGGUGAAAUCUGAGCUCUCUGGGCAGUGGCUUGCUCAUGUCAUCCAGACCAUAAGGCUUACUUAUGAAUCAUUGACUGCCCUUGAAAUUCCUAAUGACAUGUUACAGACUAUCCAGGAUCUCAUUUUGGAUCUCCGUGUACGUUGUGUAAUGGUCACAUUACAACAUACAGCAGAAGAAAUAAAGAGAUUAGCUGAAAAGGAGGACUGGAUUGUUGAUAAUGAAGGACUGACUUCCCUACCAUGCCAGUUUGAACAGUGCAUCGUGCACUCCCUGCAGUCCCUGAAGGGCGUUCUCGAGUGCAAGCCUGGAGAAGCCAGUGUCUUUCAACAACCUAAAACACAGGAAGAGGUUUGCCAGUUAAGCAUCAAUAUCAUGCAGGUUUUUAUAUACUGUCUGGAACAGUUGAGCACCAAACCUGAUGCUGAUAUAGAUACUACACAUCUUUCUGUAGACAUUUCUUCUCCUGAUUUGUUUGGAAGUAUUCAUGAAGACUUUAGUUUGACUUCCGAACAGCGACUUUUGAUUGUCCUGAGUAAUUGCUGCCAUCUAGAACGUCGUACUUUCUUAAAUAUAGCAGAACAUUUUGAAAAACACAACUUCCAGGGAAUAGAAAAAAUAACACAGGUUAGCAUGGCCUCAUUGAAAGAACUAGACCAAAGACUCUUUGAAAAUUACAUAGAGCUGAAAGCAGAUCCCAUAGUUGGCUCCUUGGAACCUGGAAUUUACGCAGGCUAUUUUGACUGGAAAGACUGCCUACCUCCUACAGGUGUCAGAAACUAUUUAAAAGAAGCAUUGGUGAAUAUAAUUGCUGUGCAUGCAGAGGUGUUUACUAUUUCCAAAGAAUUGGUGCCUCGGGUACUGUCCAAGGUGGUAGAAGCAGUUUCUGAAGAGCUAAGUCGACUGAUGCAGUGUGUUUCUUCCUUCAGCAAAAAUGGAGCAUUACAGGCAAGACUUGAAAUCUGUGCUUUGAGGGAUACUGUGGCCAUUUACCUGACACCUGAAAGCAAGUCUAGUUUUAAACAGGCCCUGGAAGCCCUGCCUCAGAUUACAAGUGGAUCAGAUAAGAAGUUACUGGAAGAGCUGCUGAACAAGUUCAAGAGCAGUAUGCACUUGCAGCUUACCUGUUUCCAAGCUGCUUCUUCAACCAUGAUGAAAACAUAAAUACCUGCAAAAAAAAAAAAAGGGCAGCUCAGAAAGAUAACAAGUAAUAAGACUAUUCUCUUUCCUAAGUGCCCUAAAGGUAUUUGGUGUGUAUAAAGCACUAAGUUUGCAAUUUCUUUAUCCCCCCCCCCCAAUCAACUUGGAAGCUUAGAAAGAUGUUAAUGUAUGUUUUAUCUCAACCAAAAUGACAGUAUUUGAAAUGCCCAAGCAGUACUUUUUUUUUACCUUUUUUUUUGGUUGUUGUUGUUCUGUUAAUAAGGUCCUAUAUGACUAUUUGG